AUGAGAGGGAAGAUUACUUAAUAAAAUAACAUUUCAUUUGAAAUAAAAAUGCGUUAUCCGAUGACCAACAAGCACUCGUCUCCAUCGGGAUCGCCAAGGAAGAGGUUGUUUUCGGCGAAGAGAGUGGGAAGUAAGGAACAACAAUAACAGAAAUGCAAAGUUACUGCUUCUAUAAAAACUGGAUCAUCAAUAGAAACAUUAAAGGAAGUGCUAUUGAAACAGACACAACUGAGUAAUAAGCAUGCGAACAACUUGAAUUAUUUUGUUCAGAAUAACAAGAGAGAGAGUUAAAAUAAAUUGGAUACGAAAACGAGUGAUUCCACAGAGAGGGUAAAUAUACGACAAGGCACAUUGUCUAAGGAGAAAACAACAAUUUCAGAAUUGACAACAAAAAAAACUAGUAUAACUAGAAGUGAGUUUGAAUGGAAUAAAUGUUAAUUGCCCCUUACUCCGCAGGUUUGUUUGGCUAAGUACGGUUACGCAUUGACGGAAUUUGAAAAGACUGAGAUUCUGACAUUUAAGAGAGUAUGAUUUGUUAUGUAUGAUUAGAUUUAUUGUAUAGGAAUAAAUGCCAAGAAAAUAUCAUAAACAUAAAAUAAUUUCAAUGACGGAUUCGACAACUCCCAAGGAGAAUACCUCUAUGCAUUGCAUGAUCACAUUGGUUAUAGAUAUGAAUUGUUGGAGCAUGUAGGAUCUGGUAGUUUCGGACAAGCAUUCAAAGUCUUUGAUCACAAGAGACAACAAGUCCUCUGUUUGAAAGUCAUUAGAAAUCAGAAGAAGUUCUAGAACCAAGCUUUGGUUGAAUUGAACAUCCUGUCCUUCAUUAGAGACAAAGAUGAGGAGAACAUCACAAACAUAGUCAAAAUCAAGGACUUUGUGAUCUUCAGAAAUCACGUGGUAACAACCAUUAAUCUAUAUAUUUUCAUAGUGCAUAAUAUGUGAACUCUUGUCACUAAAUUUGUACGAACUCAUUAAAAAUAACAACUACCAAGGCUUAUCAUUAGAACUCAUCCGUAGAUUUGCCAUUCAAAUACUCAAUGCCCUCAACUUUCUGUACAAGCAUAAGAUUAUCCAUUGCGAUCUCAAACCGGAGAACAUACUCUUAAAGUAACCCAACAAGAGUGGCAUCAAGAUAAUUGAUUUUGGCAGCAGUUGCUUUGAGAAUGAAAGAAUCUAUAGUUACAUCUAAUCCAGAUAUUACAGAGCUCCCGAAGUCAUUUUUGGCAUUCCAUAUGACAUGGGUAUAGACAUGUGGAGCUUUGGAUGUAUAAUGGCUGAGUUGUACAUCGGUUAUCCUAUCUUUCCUGGUGAGAAUGAACAGGAACAAAUCGCUUUCAUCAUGGAAGUCAAGGGAGUUCCAGAUCAAUCCUUGAUAGAGGUAUAAUCUCAUCCAAAUAUUUCCAUAGAAAGCCACCAGGAAGAAACACUUUUUCUCCUCCAGUACACCCUAUUAACCAUUGCCUUACAAGAAUAAGAGGGGUAAGGUAAGAGUGCCCAAAUCAAAAGACCUGUAAUAAGUCUUGAAAUGUCAGGAUAAAUUGUUCAUUGACUUUCUGGAGAAUUGCUUCAAUUGGGAUCCUCAAUAACGAAUGAAACCCAUUGAUGCCUUGAUGCAUUAAUGGAUUCUGGAGGGAUUACCCAAAGAGAUACGAUCACAACACAUCAAGUAUUUAGAAUCGGAACAGAUGACUUAAAAAGUGUUCUUUAAAAAUAAUGAAACUAUUCGUCAUCAUCACAUCUCUGAACCUGAAAUGGAAAAAAAGAAAUCCAGCAGUAGUUAUAGUUAGAAGAAAUCGAAGGACAAAGAUAUAACUCUCACUCUCUACGGGAAUCUUAAUAAUGAGACCACUCCACAAAACAAGCGCAUUCUAUCAUAGUCAUUUCAUACUUCCAAAAAUGGAAGCAAUUAAAAGUAUUAACAGUAUUUUCCUGGAACAACAAAAAAUUAACCCUUAAAAUACAAGUUCUAUUGA